CCCCUCACCAGCCCACUGUAGGGGGUGUUAGGGGCGUUUCUGAGGAGCAAUUGCUAGCCAACUUCAGGAUACUCUGAUGAACUGCUUUUCAGGGAAAAUCAGACGACAGACACCAAGGCACCAUUAUUCACUCUCCCCCUUCUGUGAUUUCAGCAGAAAAAUGCCAGAGAAGCAGCGUCAGAUCAUACACCCAUCAGGAGCUCCAAAUAGGGUGUUUCAUGGAAUCAGCAACAUGGCAGCCUGGCCCUUCUCUGGGCUGUGCAGAGCUUCUGAUCCGACCCUGUUCCACAUAACCUUGCUCGCCGCUUUUCUGCCUACCAUUCUGGGAAAUUGUGGUCCUCCACCCUUUCUUCCCUUUGCUUUUCCAAUAAGUGAAUUGAACCAGACGGAGUUCAGCAUUGGAACUAUUCUGAGCUACAGCUGCCGCCCUGGCUACAGUAGGAGCAGUUCAAGUCAGAUUCUCACCUGUAAAUCCAGUGGUGAAUGGCACUAUAAGAACUUCUGUGCCAAAAAGCGGUGCUCAUAUCCAGGAGAUCUACCUAACGGACAAGUGGAGAUUAAGACAGAUUUGCUUUUUGGAUCACAAAUAGAAUUCCGCUGUUUAGAAGGAUAUAUCUUAAUUGGCUCACCCACUAGUCGUUGUGAGAGCCGAGAUAAAGGCGUCUUUUGGAGUGACCCUCUCCCAGAAUGCAUGAUUGCCAAGUGUGCUCCCCCGCCAGCCAUUAUCAACGGGAAACACAGCGGUGGAGAUCAGGACUUCUAUACCUAUGGCGCCUCUGUCACCUACAGAUGUGACCCCAACUUCUCACUCUUAGGCAACGCCUCCAUUUCCUGCACAGUGGUGAAUAACACAAUGGGUACCUGGAGCUCAAGCCCUCCUACAUGUAAAAAAAUCAAUUGUGAUCAGCCACAUGUUCCACAUGGAAACAUUGUCUCUGGAUUUGGACCCAUCUAUAAUUAUAAAGACUCUAUUGUGUUUACCUGCCAGAAAGAUUUUGUCCUCAGAGGCAGCAGUUUAAUCCACUGUGAAGCUGACAGCAAUUGGAGACCUCCACCUCCUGUCUGUGAACCCUCUGGAUGCACUGACUUACCUGACAUUCCACAUGCUUACUGGAGAACUCACUUACUAAAAGAAGAGGUUGUAUAUCCGGUUGGAAGUGUGUUAAAAUACAAUUGUCGCGCUGGCUAUCACCCUGCCACAAAUGAGCCCAUGAUUGUGACUUGUCAAAAGGACUUCAGAUGGAGCCCAUUCAAAGGAUGUAAGGAGACAUGUUGUCCACGACCAGAGCUAAAAAACAUGAGAAUCCUUCACCAUAGGGUAGCUCAUCCUGAGAGUAACUGCGCUUAUUUCUAUCAAGAUGAACUAAUAUAUACAUGUUUAGAGAAACAAGAAUUUAAAGCUACAUGCAAGUCAGAUGGUACAUGGUAUCCUGAAACCCCAUCAUGUGAUCACAGUUGCAGUUCUCCUCCUGACAUUGCUCAUGGGCGUUCUCAAAUGACUUCAUGGUUUUUCAAGAUUGAGGUUACAUAUGAAUGUGAUGAAGGAUACCAACUGGUUGGGCAAGCAAAAUUAUCCUGCGACUCUUCCCAGUGGUCAGCCGCAGCCCCGCAGUGUAAAGCUCUGUGUCUGAAACCAGAGAUACAGAAUGGAAAGCUGUCGGAGGAUAAGGAUCAGUAUGUCGAAUCAGAAAAGAUUACCAUCCAUUGUGACUCUGGCUUUGCAGUGGCAGGUCUUCAAAGUAUCACUUGCUCAGAGAAUAGAACCUGGUACCCAAAGGUACCCAAAUGUGAGUGGGAGUUCCCUGAAGACUGUGAGGAUGUGAACAAAGGCAGCAGACUCUUGCAGUGUCUUCCAAACCCAAAAGAUGUGAAAAUGGCUCUGGAUAUAUUUAAAUUGUCUCUGGACAUUGAACUUUUAAGACUACAGAUAGACCGGAUGAGAUUAUCUAUCCUGGAAUAAUUUUUCUCAAAGAGGGAGAAAGAAGUGCCUCACUUGUUUUCUGACUUUGAUGCUAAACAGAUCCGUUAAUAACUGUUUGAUCAGCUUAGCACUAAUAUUCCUGAUGAUAAAUAUAUGGACAGGAUCAUUGGUUAAAGUAUAGUGUCUUAAGAUUAUGGAAUUACUGGUCAUCUUGUGACUUCAUUUUUUUCCUUUUCUGCAACAUUUACAG